AUGGAUCAAAAGAAGAACACUCCGGUCACAACGAAAUCUGCUGCAAGGAGGCCUUCCAGCAAGGCACUUCCCGUAGAAAAGGCGGGCGACUACCAUGAGAGUACCAGCCCUUGUGAGAACAACAAAUCGAGGCUGUUGCGUAAAAACUUCCUCAACUCUGAGAAAAAAUUGGAGAACCCCCAAGGGAGGAAAGAGGAAGACUUGAAUUCCACUAAUAGACCUGUAAUACACUACAAAAAGGAUAUCAAUGCCGGGUCGACGUGGUCGAAGGGUAGAACGGGUCCUUCGUUUGCAGAUAUGGUGCGACAGCAAAAGGGUGGGACAAAGGUAUCUGCAGAGACUCCCACACUCAAUUCGACGCCGGAAUCGGUUCAGCCUCUUGCUCAUGAUGAAAAAGCACCCGUAGCUCUUGUUACUGCCGCCGUUCAGGAAGUCAUUAUGGACCAACAUACUGAAGAGCAGCCUUCUACUCAAAUGGAAAAUGCCGAAAGCAAGGAUGAAACUGAGCCAGUAGCUCCACCUGCGGAGUCAGCUCCUUCGUAUUAUGUUCUUGAAGUAGAACGGGUAGAUCGAGUCAAGUUGCCUAUUAAUGUCAUUAAGGUGGCAGCUAUGUCGGCUGGUAUAUACAACUUCUCUGCACACGCGGGCAAGGCGCCGACCCCACCUGCGCCACAGCAGCCCCAAGCCAUUUAUCGUCCUGACACAGCUAAUUUGAGCAAUCGUACGUGGAGCCUGGCCGAAACUGGACGUUUACUACCUCAGCAACCCCAAUCCACUUGGCAGUCUUCUGUUAACCAAACCUUGGAUGGCUGGAACAAUGCACCAGAACGAACAAACUUGGUCCACCCGCAAUCACAUCAACAGCAACCACAACUACAAUCACAGCAGCGUUUUCAACAGGUGGCAUCACAUAUGCAAUAUAGUUCUUAUCCAGUUCCACAGUCGCAGUUACAACAGCAGCAGCAGAUUCGUGGCCAGAAUUUUUUCCCAUCCCGUCUACGAGCCAGUGAAAUGACGGACUCUACUCCCGUUCGCCAGCCCAUGUCGACCGCAGCGCCAUUUAGUCGUGCCCAAGCACCAACCAGUGGUGGGGUUUUUUGGUAA